AUGGCCAACUCAAAACCAAGCCGAGUUGCAAUUGAAACCAGUUUGGGUACGUUUGAAGUUGAGCUGUACUGGAACGAGGCUCCUAAAACGUGCAAAAACUUUGCCGAACUAUCCCGCCGUGGAUACUACAACCGCACAAUUUUUCAUCGGAUAAUUCCCGAUUUUAUGAUUCAAGGCGGCGAUCCAACAGGCACGGGACGAGGAGGUCAGAGUAUAUAUGGACUAUGCUUUGAAGACGAACUUUGCAGAGAUUUAAAGCACACAGGCGCUGGAAUAUUGUCAAUGGCAAAUGCAGGAGCAAAUACCAAUGGUAGCCAGUUUUUCAUCACCCUCGGGCCUGCCGCCCACUUGGAUAUGAAGCACACGAUAUUUGGACGUGUGUAUCGCGGAAUGGACGUUGUUCAGAAGCUAGGACGAGUUCCGACCGACUCGAAUGAUAGACCGAUACAAGAAGUGCUUUUAAAAACGGCAAAGAUAAUAGAGGAACAGGAUUGA